CGGACUGUGGAUAGUUAACAAGCUCUUUGCCAGCUACUACCAUGGCACUGACUCGCGACCAUCUGGCGUCCCUACCCGCCAGCUUCUUCAAAGCCGUCGACGACCGAGAUGUCGACGCUAUAGUCUCCCACUUCGCGCCACAUGCCACUUUCACCGUACAAACCGACCAUGUCACAGUCACUGGUGUCGACGAGAUCCGCACCAUGUUUUCCGCCUUUAUCCAGUCAUCCCGAACGAUGCGUCAUGAGGUCACCAACAUCGUUGUCGACGAUGUCAAUCGCAGGGUUUCCACCCAGCAGACUUAUGUUGGAGAGUUGAUGAAUGGUACACAGAAUGACAUGCGGAAUUGCAACUUCUUUGAUGUCGAUGGGGAUGGCAAGUUUACGAGGGUGAUGGUUUGGAUGGCGGGCGCGAGUCCCUUGAAGAAUCCUUCUGGGCACGAAGCAGCCUAACGCGGGGUUCUUGUAACGGAAUAUGAGUUGACUAUAUACAAACUAUAUAUAUGUUCUCAGCCUGGAUAUGUACGAUGGCCAACAGCCAUAUGCUAC